AUGUGUUUCCAGAUCCCUACUAUCACUACCACUCGCAAACCACACAUCACACAAUGUAGACAGCACAAUCUUAACAACCUGCACACUUUGCCUAUAUCUGCUAAAACACUACUUUCUUUUUCUAUUGGUCUCUGGAAUUGCCAGUCUGCUGUAAACAAAGUCGAUUUCAUUACUUCUAUUAUUAGUCAUUCAAAGCUUAAUCUCAUGGCCCUAACAGAGACCUGGAUCAAACCAGAGGACACUGCUACACCUGCAGCACUCUCCAAUAAUUUCUCAUUUUCCCACUCCCCACGUUUGACUGGAAGAGGUGGAGGUACUGGUCUGCUCAUCUCUAAUGAUUGGAAAUUUACUCCUUUACCAUAUUUGGGUAUCAACAGCUCCUUGGAAUCUCAUUCAGUUACUGUUACCUACCCUUUUAAAAUACAUUUUGUAGUUGUCUAUCGACCCCCAGGACCACUGGGUAACUUUUUGGAUGAAUUAGAUGUGUUGCUCUCAACCUUUUCUGAGGAUGGUACUCAAUUCAAUUCAAUUCAAUUCAAGUUUAUUUGUAUAGCGCUUUUUACAAAACAAAUCGUUACAAAGCAACUUUACUCCCCUAGUUAUGCUUGGAGAUUUCAACAUCCAUCUAGAUAAACCUCUGUUUGGUGAUUUCCACACUCUGCUUGCCUCUUUUGAUCUCAACCGAGUGUCAACUACUCCUACUCACAAAUCAGGCAACCGUCUGGACCUUAUUUAUACAUGACAUUGCUCUACUGAUCAUGUUCUGGUUACUCCACUGCACACGUCGGAUCACUUCCUCCUCACUCUUAACCUCAACAUGGUCCCUGACACAUCACUUACCCCUCCACAUGUCAUCUUUCGACGUAACCUAUGCAUACUUUCACCCUCCCGGCUAUCUGCAAUGG